AAACCAAAGGAGAUACUCGAAGAAAUUCACCGGGUUCAUGGGAUUACACUAUCAUACAAGCAAGCCUGGAGGGGAAAAGAACGGAUCAUGGCUGCUAUUCGCGGCUCAUUCGAGGAAGAUUAUCGCCUUCUUCCUCAGUAUUGUGAUCAAGUUCAAAAAGCAAAUCCUGGGAGCAUUGCACUGGUUUAUAGCAACCCUAAUGAUGGCAGUUUUCAGCACUUAUUUAUUUCCUUUCAAGCAUCAAUCUAUGGGUUCCUAAAUGCCUGCCGACCCCUCAUUGGACUUGAUAAAACUUGUUUGAAAAGCAAGGACCUUGGCAGCAUACUUCUUGCCACUGGUUUUGAUGGAGAAGGUGCUGUUUUUCCUUUAGCAUUUGCAGUGGUUGAUGAGGAAAAUGAUGAUAACUGGACGUGGUUCCUCUUCGAGUUACAUAAGCUGCUCGAGAUCAACACAGAUAACAUGCCAAAGCUCACAAUUUUAUCAAACCGGAAGAGAUGUAUCGUGGAUGGCGUAGAAGCCAACUUCCCAACUGCAUUCCAUGGAUUCUGCUUACAUUAUCUGGCUGAAAGUUUCCACAAGGAAUUCAACAAUUCAAUACUACUUCCCCUUUUUUGGGAAGCUGCAGCUGCUCUCACAGUCAUCGAAUUCGAAACAAAAAUCCUUGAAAUUCAACACAUAUCACCAACUGCAGCCUUGUGGAUUCAAAACAUUCCUUAUACCUUAUGGGCAACAUCACAUUUUGAAGGAAAAAGGUUCGGACACCUAACUGACAACGUAGUCGAAUCACUUAAUACUUGGAUAUCCGAAACCUCAGGCCUUCCUAUCAUUCAAAUGAUAGAGAGUAUCCGUAGGCAAAUGAUGAGUUCCUUCAACAAACGUCGCGAAACAAGCCUGCAGUGGACUGGGACGCUGGUGCCUUCCGCAGAAAGACAUGUAUUUGAAGCUGUGGAACUAGCACAGGCUUAUCAAGUUAUCAAAGCAAAUGAAGCAGAAUUCCAAGUUAUAACUGACAAUGGAAGUUUCUUAGUAGAUAUUCGUAUUCGACAUUGUUUAUGUCGCGGAUGGCAGCUGUGGGGAUUGCCCUGCACACAUGCUGUAGCAGCUCUACUUUGUUGCAGGCAGAAUGUUUAUAGAUUUACAGAGAGUUGCUUCACAGUAGCGAAUUAUCGAAGGGCUUACUCGCAGUCAAUAUACCCAGUUCCUGAUAAACGUUUGUGGAAGGAUAAGAAAGAAGAUGUUGGAGAUAAUAUGAUUAUAAGGCCGCCCAAAUCAGCUCGGCCUCCGGGAUGGCACAGAAAAAGAAGACAUCGGUUGGAGACCAGUGGUAGCAACAAGCGAGCGGUGCAUUGUAGCCGGUGCAAUCAGGCUGGACAUUUUAGAACGACAUGUCCGGUUUCUAUGUAG